UGUCCAAACAAAACCCUCAGCCCCAAUUAGAUAUUCUCUUUCAGUUUCAACCCAGAUCACAGUUCACAAUUCCACUACUAAUAUGUAAAUCCUUUCCAUGGUUUUCUCAAUUAAAACAUAAUCUCAAACUACGGUCUCCCCAAAUUCAUCCGUGCUCUUGGAUUCUCAAUUGCACAAUCUAUUUGGCUAAGUGAAAGAAGGCUUGUAAGGAAAAUGAGUUCAAAUCGUCAAUGGAUGUACAAAAGGUUAUCUGGAGGUCUAUAUCAUCCAGAAUUUGUAAGGGGUGUACAACAAUUUAUUGAGUUUGCCAUGAAUCAUCCAGAAGGGAGGGAUGGUGAGAGACUAAGGUGCCCGUGUAACCGAAAGAAAUGUCAGAAUAGAAACUUUGAAAAUGUUCAUACAGUCCAUGCACAUUUGUUGAGCGAUGGUUUUAAACCGGACUAUCAUGUUUGGUACUUGCAUGGAGAAAAUGAGGUUAGAGGAAAUAUACAUCAACAUGAAAGGAGGCACAACUGGGAUCAUACAAUGAAUAGCCCACCGGUGAAUGAUGGUGCAUUUGAUGAGCCUGGACCAUCUACUUCAUAUCAUAGAAUGAUCCAUGAGGCUGCUGGUCCCUCAUUCGAUCCAAAUGAUAUGGAAGAAUUUCCUAAUCCUGAUGCACAGAAAUUUUAUGAUAUGAUUGAUGCUGCAAAUCAAGAAGUGUGGCCUGGUUGCGAAACGCAUUCUCAACUAUCAGCUGUUGCGCGUUUGUUGCACAUCAAGGCUGAACACCACCUCUCUGAAAGAUGUUUUGAUGACAUUUGUCAAUAUGUGAAUGAGAUAAUUCCGCCUGAUAACCUGAUGCCCAAAAAUUUCUAUGAAACUAAGAAGUUAAUGCGUGGAAUGAACAUGCCAGUAGAAAAAAUUCAUAGUUGUGUUAAUGCCUGCAUGAUUUAUUGGGGAGAAGACAGUGAACUUAUAUAUUGCAAGUUUUGUAGUCAUCCCAGGUACAAGCCUAGUAAGCAAAGAUCUAAUUCAAAGAGAAAUCUUGUACCAUUUAAACAGAUGUAUUACUUUCCUCUUACGCCACGGUUGCAACGACUGUAUGCUUCCGAAGCUACUGCUUCACACAUGCGAUGGCAUGCCGAGCAUGAAGUUGAGGAAGGUGUGAUGCGUCACUGUUCAGAUGCACCCGCAUGGAAACACUUUGAUAGAGUGCAUCCAUCUUUUGCAAUGGAAAGUCGUAAUGUCAGAUUGGGGCUAUGCACAGAUGGGUUUCAGCCAUUUGGACAAACAGGACAACAAUAUUCAUCUUGGCCAGUAAUUGUGACACCAUACAACUUGCCGCCUUGGAUGUGUAUGAAAGAUCCCUAUUUGUUUUUGUCAGUUAUAGUUCCUGGGCCAAAGAAUCCUAAGCAGCAAUUGGAUGUUUUCUUGCAGCCUUUGAUUGCUGAACUAAAUAAUCUAUGGAAUAUAGGUGUCGAUACAUAUGAUAUCUCUAAGAAGCAAAAUUUUAAAAUGAGAGCUGCUUUGAUGUGGACAAUCAGUGACUUUCCCGCAUAUUCGAUGUUGUCUGGGUGGAGUACUGCGGGUAGGCUAGCAUGUCCAUAUUGCAUGGAGAAUUCAGAUGCUUUUACUUUGACAAAAGGUGGCAAACAAUCUUGGUUUGACAAUCAUCGUAAGUUCCUACCACCGGAUCACCCAUAUAGAAAGGAUAGGAACUCAUUUAGAAAGAACAAAGUAGUCACAAUUCAUCCUACACCGGUACGGUCAGGUGAGGAUAUUUUGAGAGAGAUAGAAGAAUUGGGACUAAAAAAGGUAACAGAACUUGGGGCUGAUAUUGUUAAUCGUCAAAUUAGUAAGUUUUCCGGUUGGAAGAAAAGAAGCAUAUUUUGGGAUUUGCCGUAUUGGAGUACCAAUCUCAUUCGGCAUAAUCUAGAUGUAAUGCACAUUGAGAAGAACUUUUUUGAGAAUGUGUUCAACACAGUACUGGAUGUAGAUGGUAAAACAAAAGAUAACCCCAAAUCUAGAGAAGACCUGAAAGAGUUCUGUCGACGCCCUGAACUACAAGCUGUUGGUGGCAAAUACCCGAAAGCUAUUUACACACUAAACAAGGAGUCAAAAAAGGUUUUGUGUGAAUGGGUGAAAAAUCUGAAAUUUCCAGAUGGAUAUGUCUCAAAUAUGGGACGGUGUGUGGACAUGAAAAAACAUAAGUUGUUUGGUAUGAAAAGCCACGAUUGUCAUGUAUUCAUGCAAAGAUUGAUUCCUAUUGCGUUUCGUGAGCUAUUACCAACAAAAGUCUGGGAAGCACUUACUGAGAUGAGCCUUUUCUUUAGGGAUCUCACUUCCACGGUAAUACGAGAAGAGGAUAUGGUAAGACUUCAAAAAGAAAUACCUGAAAUACUUUGUAAAUUAGAGCGUAUACUCCCUCCUAGUUUCUUUGAUUCAAUGGAACAUCUCCCUGUGCAUCUUGCUUAUGAAGCAAGGCUAGCUGGUCCGGUGCAAAAUCGGUGGAUGUAUCCAUUUGAGAGAAACCUCCGGAAUUACAAACACAAUGUUCGUAAUAAGGCACAUGUUGAAGGAUCCAUAUGCAAUGCUUACUUAGUUGAGGAAGCUUCUUCUUUUUGUUCACACUACUUUGAGUCUCAUGUUUACACAAGGCAUAGGAAAGUUCCACAAAAUGAUGAUGGUGGUACAUGUGAUCAGGGUAAACACCACGGUAAUCUUUCUAUAUUCACCUAUCCAGGUAAAGGAUUUGGUGAACAGGAUCGGAGAUAUCUGACAGAAGAAGAACUUGAUGCAGCUCAUAUUUAUAUUCUACUAAAUUGCGUAGAAGUGCAACCAUAUGUGCAAAAUUUUAUUGACUCCCUGCGUCAAAAUUUUCCACAAAUUACGGAGAAGGAUGUGGAUAGGAAACUUGAUGAAGAUUUCGCAUCAUGGUUCAAAAGAUAUGCACGAGUCCACAUAGAUAAUGAAUUCAUCAAGGCCCUUGCAGAAGGUCCGCGUCGAUCAGCAAAACCGUACACGGGUUAUAAUGUCAAUGGCUAUAAAUUUCACACUAAAAGCCGCAGUUCUUCUAGAGCAUCUAAUAACAGUGGUGUAUGCAUAAAAGGAACCAACUACAGUGCAGAUGACUAUGACUACUAUGGUGUGCUUACUGAUAUCCUUGAAUUGGAGUACAAGGGUAGCACGCCGAUAAAGAGAACUGUUUUAUUUAAGUGUGAAUGGUUUGAUCCCACACCAAAAGUAGGAAUGAAGAUUCACCCGCAAUAUAAACUUGUGGAUGUCAACCAUCGUAGGAAAUUAAAAAAGUAUGAACCAUUUGUUUUGGCAAUGCAAGCGGCCCAAGUGUAUUAUGCCGCUUAUCCUAGCUUACGACGUGAUAAGACUGACUGGUGGGCUGUGUGCAAAACAAAAGCUCGGGGUAUUGUGGAUAUGCCCCCAUCUUCUUCACAAUUACCUCCAGCUGAUGUUGUAGAGCCAUUCCAAAAUGAUGAAGAUGGUUUAACAUUUGAUGUGGUACCCGACAAUGAAACUAUUGAGCGGAAUGAUCCAAAUGGAGAAUUCAUAAACUUAAGAGACGAUGAUGAUGAUUUAGGUGAUGAGGAAGAAAUUCAUGAUGAAUCUGAAUUAGAUGAAGAUGGUGAUAAUGAGGAUGAAGAGGCAUAUGAUGCAAGUGGCAGUGAAUAGAGUCAAAUUACUCCAAUCUCUUCAAAUAGAGCUAGAGUGAUUGAAACAUAGUCUUUUUUCUGGUUAUUACCCAUUGAAGCCCAUCAGUUGUUGAAAUUUUUUAUUGUUUUUCUUCUAUUUUUAUUGUUGAAAUUUCCCUUCUUUCUAGUUCUUCCUUCUUCAGUAAAUGGCUUCUACAGUUGAUUUUUUAUUGUUUUUCUUCUAUUUCUGCUCUCUAUCACUUGCAUCUCUAUGUUUUUCUGUUACUAAUUCUUAUACUAUUUGAUUUUUCAGGCAUAACAUACAAAUUUCCUCCGCAAAGAGUUCUCGCAGCUGCUUGUCCUAAAUUAGUCUGCGCUUAUAGACUCUUUGACAAGACCUAGAUCUUUACAUAUACCUCCUUGGUAACUAUCUUAAUUGAGUAUAUUACUUUGCUCCUGAAAUGUUUCUAUUGCUGAAAAAACUAACAAAGGAAGCCAAGUAAAAAGUUGUUGUCUGAGGUCAUGUGAAUAUGUUCUUAAAUUUCAUUUCCCGAUGAGUUUUAGGAAAGAAUCCACAGACCAAAAGUUGUUGUGGGAUCAUGUCGAUGAAUUUUCCUAAUAUUGGUCUUUGGUGGUAAUAGGAAGUUCUACCGUCAAGCUUGCAGGUUAGCUUCCAGUUACCAAUAAAUAAAAAGACUCAAAUCGGAUAUGGAAGGUGAUUUCUCUGUCCUAUGGUAAUACAACAACAACAUACCUAGUGAUUUCCCUGUUCUAUGGUAAUAUGAAGCUUAUAUUUAAUUGAGUCCUUCAUUUACGGUUAUUGAAGCAUUUCUACGGCAAAAGUAUUAUCAGAUUGUAAAUUGAAAAUGUUUGUUGAUAUCCACUCUAUUCAUUACUGUUAUCAUGCUUCAGAACAUUAAAUCCAACUAACUAGAAAUCUGAAAAUUGCAUUGUAAACUAUGAGAUGAAACAUUAACUGACCACAAAACUGCUCCUAGGUAAUAUAAUCCUUGCAUGAAAUGAUCUGCUGUUGAGUCUUGCAUCGAUAGCCUGAAAUUGUGCCAAAAGUGAGGUGCAUGCACCAAUAAGCCAUAUGACCUCCUAAUUUGCUUCUGUUUCCCUGCAUGAUCUGUGAUAUUGUACAACCUAACUUCAUAACACUUUCUAUGCAUUGUCAAUUUCACAGUAUGAUGAACUGAGUACCAAUACCACACACUGACAAAGUCAAUACAAGGAUCAUGUAUGAACUUACUAUUUCUAUUUGUACGAACCAGACUGCAGGUUUAUCAAAACUUUAAGAACCAUUUGAACCUACAGUUUGCAUCAUGCUUACAGUCUGUGUUUGUAGAACUCUGUAGCUAAUGUGCAUACAAGGCCUUGCCUUGUAGCACUGUUGUAGUAGUGUCAUGCUGCUCUUUGUCCUCGUGUUAGCAAUACAUUUUCCAUAAGUUGUCACCACUUCAGCAGAUUGAGCAAUAAUUGCUAAUACCAUAUACUGAAGUAAUGUCAACAAACAGAUCCUGUAUGCAUAACAGCAAUAUGCAGCCAGUUAGUAUUUUUAGACCGGCAAAAACCAGUAAUAACUAAAACCAAAUUUCUUGUGUCUCUCUUUUAAGAUUCUUGAACACCAGUAAUUUAUGCAGCUAAACUAGAUAGCAGCAGAGAUUAUAUACUUUCCAUUCAUUGACAAUAUCUCAACAGAACAUUGAGGUAAGGUCAAUAAGCAGAUCCUGUACACCCUCUUAUGUUCCUUGAACCAAAUCUGAACCAAGUCAUUCCACAAUGCCUCAAGAGACUGCCUAAUAACAGUGCUGCAAGUAUUUGAGGCAACCAUAUGAUUCCUAAAUCCCAUAUUAUAUCCUGAGAUACCACACUUUCCAUCUAUUGAGGACCUCUCAACAGAUUGAGCACUAAGUGCUAAUACCACACCUUGAGAGGAAAUCAAUAGAUAGAACUUGGUAUCAAAUUUGUACAUCUUGGUAUCACGUCAUGUCCCAUAUUGUAUGGAUCAGUGACACCAAUAUAUUCUGCAUGUCCAACAAACCAAAUGUAAUAAAUUGAAGCUGUUUGAACCACAUCAUUUCCAAGUUGUAUAGGAUCAGUGAUACUAACAGGUUUCCAAAUUUUUGCAUCAUCUACUCCAUUAUAGGAGGCUCCAAAAUUCACCAAGAACAUGCAAGACAACUGGCUAGAACUGGGAAGAUCACCUCCACCUGAGCUUCUGAGGAAGACACGUCUCAAGGCGAAUAAUGAGUUUGUGGACAAAUCUAAGACCGCAUAUGAUGCUGUCAUAUCUAAGAUUACACCUGUAUCUUAGCCUGAAGAUUGAUCCAGCGAACCUCCUACAAUUGACUUUUCAAAAAUUUAUUUGGAUGAAGUGGGUGGGAUUAAGAAGAUGCACCUUUAUGGUGUUGGUCUUCAAGCACCUUUCUAUGGGCAUGUUGGUGAAUCCUCCGCGUUCGACAUCUCGACUUUGAUGCUAGAGUGCAAGAAUUUGUUGGACAUCAUCUUCAAGAAACGAAGCAUGAGAUGAGAGGAGAUCAAACAAGAAAUAAGGGAAGAAAUGCGACAAGUAUUGCGUGAAGAAUGAGACCUGAAGUGCAACAAGAGGUGCAAGAGGAAGUUAAUCAGAUACUUCAAGUACAUUGUUCGGGCAUCAUAGCUCUCUUACUUUCACCUCCUUCUGGUAGACCUGACACGUCCUCGAAUCAUGAAACAAGUCAUAUUUAGGUCAAUUUUAGAUUGCUUUAUGUUAGACACACUUUGGAUUGUUUCUUCAAUUCUGUGAUAGAUGUUAUUAUUUAUGAAAUAGGUAAUGUUUUUUGGAUU